AAAUCAGCCAAUUGGAUGCCACUACGACAGACGGACUACGCAAUGCAGCUGCGGGCACGGCACAUGCGCUUCCAGCAGCGACGAAAAUCUAGGUUACAAGCCUGCGCAGUGCACAUAUCAGUCAGUACUGGGAAUGCGUUGCUGAGGCGUUUUUAACAGAAGUCUAGCGUUGUCGUUAAAAGCUAAUACCUUCUUUUUUAUUGUUGGGAUUCUUCAAGUUCCAAAAUUCCUUCAAAAAUCAAACAAGGCGGGCGGGAAGUGUCUGUAAGGGGCAUUCUCUCUGAGGGACCUUCUCUGACCCAAGGGAGUGAGAGUCGUCUUGUUGGGGGACCUUCUCUCCUGUACAGCCUCAACUGGGGGUUUGUACUCAACGCAGAACCGCCCUGGGUCUGAUAGCACGCCCUCUGUUCUUGACAGGCCUCUUAGCUAGUACCUUCAUCACUUUCAUCUAUCAUCAAACCUGACAGACAGAGGGAUCAAAUAUUUUUCCACAUAAAUAUGUUGCUUCGUGACUUCAAGAUUCAAUUAUUCAAUGAAGACUUCAAUAUCAAGAAGAUCCUUGAGGAAAUCAUCCAUAUCCAGGGACAGGAAGAUGCCUUUUAUGUUGUCGAUAUCGAUGAUCUGGUGAAGAAACACAAGAACUGGUGUGACAAGUUGCCACGUGUUCAGCCAUUCUAUGCUGUCAAGUGCAAUGAUACUCAGGCCAUGCUGGAGAUUCUGGCAGCGCUGGGAGUGGGAUUUGACUGUGCCUCCAAGGCAGAGAUUCAGAAAGUGAAAUCAUUGGGAGUUUCUAGUGACCGGAUCAUAUAUGCCAACCCAUGCAAGACCAAUUCAUACAUCAGAUAUGCUGCCUCUCAGGGGGUGACCUGCAUGACCUUUGACAAUGCAACAGAGCUCUACAAGAUCAAACAGAACUUUCCAUCAGCUGAGCUUGUCCUAAGGAUCAGAUGUGAUGCCAAGGAAGCCCAAUGCCCCCUUGGUUCUAAAUUUGGAGCAAUCCCUAGUGCAGUCCCAGAACUUCUGACUGUUGCUCGAGAACUUGGACUCAAUCUUAUUGGAGUCAGCUUCCAUGUGGGAUCUGGAUGUGCUGAUGUGACUGCAUACUCCAAUGCCAUUUCCUCUGCCAAGGAGGUGUUCACAAUGGCUGCACACAUGGGUUUCCAAUUCAGGCUGCUGGACCUGGGUGGGGGUUAUCCAGGCCAUCACAAUCAUGGCUUUCCUACUUUUGAUCAGUUGGCUGAUUCCAUCAAUGAUGCACUUGAUGAACACUUCCCACGGGGGUGUGGAGUAAGAAUUAUUGCAGAGCCUGGGCGCUACUAUGUCUCAUCUGCAUUCACACUUGCUACUUGCGUCAUUGCAAAACGCGAGGUGCUGAAUGAUACCAGUCAGGGGACAAUGUACUAUACUAAUGAUGGAGUUUAUGGGAGUUUCAAUUGUCUGCUAUACGAUCAUGCUGCAGUUCAGAUGAAAUCAUUGAAGGAAUACCAGGAGAAGGACUGGUGCAUGCCAAGUUCAAUCUGGGGUCCAACAUGUGAUUCUUUGGAUUGUAUCCUCAAGCGUGUGCUCAUGCCAUCAAUGGAUGUAGGGGAUUGGCUGUAUUGGCCAAACAUGGGGGCAUAUACCUGCUCUGCUGCAUCAACAUUCAAUGGCUUCCCACGACCCGAGUUCCAUUAUGUGGCAUCUGAGUUCACAUGGUCCUACUUGGCUGACUUACUGGCAGUCUGCUUCCAUGAAGAUGUGGAAGCAUCUUCUGUGGAUGAAGAUCUUGCAGCUUGCUUGAAACUUCCAUCUCCUUCUGCUACUCUGCGGAUCCUGUCCAUCGAAACUACAACCACUCCUUCAGAGAAUGAUAUUGAAACUGAAACUCUCCUACCAAUUGAGCUCCUAACAAUUGCAUCAUAAUUCCUUUUUUUUUCUUACUUUUUUUUUCUCAUUUAAUUGCUUGGGCUGAUUUUCAUAUCUUCUCUUUCCUUCUCAGUGCUCUAUUCCUUGAUUUAUGUGUAUUUGCAUUAUUGCUGCCAUGGUAUGAAGGACUUCCAACACCAUGGCACCUAUCAUGUCAAUGUUACCAAUCCACAUUAUUGCAUGCCUCUUUCGUUUUCUCCUUUUCAUUUACUCUGUACUCCACACUUAAGGGAAGAAUCCCUCCAGCUGCCUUUCAGAUGGGUGGUGGGUGUUAACUAUUAGGACUUUUUCAUUAGGCCUAUAUCAUUUUGGGGAUUUUGGAGUAGUUGGACAGACUGUGAUUCCAUACUUGAUUUCUGGGGUUCAUUCUUACCUCUAUGACUUGUUUUCUUUAUCUGCUUUUUGCUUGGACUCGAUCUACUGUCUGUCAGGUUUGAUGACUCCUGAUGAAGGGUGUAGGCUAAAGAGGCCUGUUUUGAGAGGGUGUGCCAAUAUGCUUCCCUUCUCUCCCUUCUCUGUCCAUAUAAUAAAGGCUGUCAAAUGAUACAAACA